AUGAGUUGGAGAACUCGCGUAGUUCUCCUACAAGACCUCACGAACCUCUUAUAUAGCAGUAGCCGAGGAAUGCGGAAGUAUCCAUUUCCGGUGACAUUUGAAAAUGUAAGAUUCCCUCCGAAUGGUGAGAUGAAGCUGCCAGCCAUGCCACCUGAGCCAUUCUAUGAUCUCGAUAAGGGCGAGAAGAAGUACAAGUCAACGAAGAGAAUGAUCGAAGCACGCGGCGUAGAGGAAGUUCACACAGAGCUUAUUCAUGAGCAAUUUGGCCUAGCUGCGAUUUCUGGAGGUUUCAUUUCCGCCGACGACUUCAAGUUUAUUCAGGAGCGUGUUAACAAAAAUCUUCGCGACAAACAGUUUGCCAUAUGGCGUGUCGAUCCACCUUGGUUACCUAGGACGAAGAAAGCUCAAGGUACUCGUCUUGGUGGUGGCAAAGGUAGUAUUCACCAUUACGUAACACCUGUGAAGGCGAAACGAAUCAUUUUAGAAGUCGGAGGCCAUAUUACAGAGAUUGAGGCGCAGGCGUUUUUGUUAUACCUCUGCGAACGAUUCUCAUUCCCAGUGGAGUUCGUGAGCGAACAGUUACUAGCGGAAAGGAGAGAAGCAGAGAGAGAAAUCGCUGAGCACAAUCAGAAUCCCUUUAAUUGGGAUCGUGUAAUAAAGUAUAAUAUGCAGAAUUGUUGUAGUUGGCUUUCACAUUAUGAUAUUCAAUGGAAAGGACGAUAUAGCUUUCUGCUAUUUAUCCCAGUCGUUUUUGAUUUCAGGCUGAUGGCAUACGGGGAUGACGACAUUUUGUCUCUUCCGUUUCGUCUGUUCGUGUUUAUUGUAGCAGGGUUACCGUUAUCCGCUCUCAUAAUAUGUGUACUAUUUUCCAUAUUACUGCAUUUCGAAGCAGCAACUAGAACUCACUGUGGAGUGGAGAACUGGUUGCCUUCGAUUUCUGCGGCUGUAUCAACCUAUGCUCCGGAAAUGUACAUAUGGCGAAUGUUCAUUGCUGUGCACGGUGGUCCUCGCUUGUUCGUUGCAUUCGCAUUUAGGUACGUUUGGGGUUGA